GUGUCACACCUCCUCGUUGAACUUCGACGUGGCUUCUAUGUGUGAUUGUUAUUAUUUUUUUUGGGUUUGUCGCUCUAGAUACACUGUCAUUGUUGUGCGUCUGCUUUUCUUUAAAGGCGACGCGACACUGCACGAAGUAUAUGGAUGGAAAAGACAGAAGACACUCAACAACAGGAGAGAAAGAAAAACCCGUUCAGUUGUUGAGAAGAAGUAUUUGAUUAUGGCACACAGCUUCACUCAGGAAUAUCUGCAGAUUCCCCCGGUCACUAGGGCUUACACAACGGCCUGCGUGCUGACCACUGCAGCCGUGCAGUUGGAAUUCAUCACUCCAUUUCAGCUGUACUUCAACCCUGACCUAAUUGUAAAGCGAUACCAGUUAUGGCGGCUCAUUACGAAUUUUCUCUUUUUUGGUCCUCUUGGGUUCAGCUUCCUCUUCAACAUGAUUUUUCUAUAUCGUUAUUGCCGCAUGCUUGAAGAAGGCUCCUUCAGGGGCAGGACUGCUGACUUUGUGUUCAUGUUCCUCUUUGGGGGAAUCCUUAUGACACUUUUUGGCCUCUUUGCCAGUCUGUUUUUCCUGGGUCAGGCCUUCACUAUAAUGCUGGUAUACAUCUGGAGUCGUAGGAACCCUUAUGUUCGCAUGAAUUUUUUUGGGCUGCUUAACUUCCAGGCACCCUUUCUACCAUGGGUUCUAAUGGGAUUUUCCUUGUUGCUGGGCAACUCCAUUGUCAUUGAUCUCCUUGGAAUUGGAGUUGGCCACGUUUACUACUUUUUGGAAGAUGUAUUUCCCAACCAGCCUGGAGGGAGGAAAUUACUGGUGACACCUAGCCUUAUGAAAUUUAUAUUUGAUGUCCCUGAAGAGGACCCGAAUUAUAACCCAUUACCUGAGGACCAGCCCGGUGAUGUCUCAUGGAGAACAGAAGAAAUGCAAAGGCCAGGCAAUGCUGGGACAGAAGAACCACCUCAAGAUGCACCAGAUCAUGAUGCCCAAGAACGAUAAUAGGAACCACUGUCUGUAACUUAUUUGUGCCAGAACAAGAUGCAGCAGGCGUCUGUAGAUAAGUUGGGUUGUCACUGCACUGUUAAAAGCAGUGAAAGCUAAAGAUGUUUUGCUGAAGUAAGUCAUCAUGCUGUCUUUGAGGUAACGGAGUGAAAAGCAACCUGGCAAAAAAAAACAAAAAAAAAAAA